GCCAGUCCAAUUUGGUUUUUUUUAGAUGAAAUGUAAAUUUUAUUAGCACCCAAGAAAAAAUAACCUAAUGCAAUGUGUCGAAAAAACAAAUCCAUUGGACUCUAUCUAAGCUAGUCAAGACUAACCUAAAUAAAUGAAAACACAAAACAAGUCCUUGCACGGGACAGAACCCAGCUAAGUUCAAAACAGUCCAGCAAGCAACAACAUUAAAAAAAACAAAGCAACCUAAAAGAUAGUAAUCCUUGCUAUCUUCUGUCUUGCUUUCCUUUCUUCUUUCAAAUUUCUUGAAGCAUACUUGCGUCAAUUUGAAAAGGAACCACCUCUUUUCCGUUAUGUUCCUCUUCUUUAUCUUUAAAAGUCUCAUUUGCUCCUUUGUGAUUAAUCUCCACACCAACCAGUUUGCUGCCACCCAAAAUAGGCUUAUUUUAAUUAGCUUGGCUAGCAAUAGCCUUCCUUUUAUACGUAAUAGGCAUGGUAUUGGUUUCAGAAGGUAUCACCGGCUUUGCAUUCUUCUUUCCCUUCUUCCUACGUACUUCCACAAAUUCCCCUUCCGGGUCCAUAGUCUCCUGCACAACAAUGGCCUUCGUAGUGUCCUCAGUAGCUUUGGCAACCUGUAAUUUAUGCGGUACAACAUCAGCCUUCGUUGUGGAUUCCUUAGCUAUUAUGAAUGCCUCAACUUUUGUUGGUUCGCCAGUUUCAGCCUUUUCUUUUGCUGCUAGUUCCUUGCAAAUGAAUGGAUGGUGUCCAUAUUGUUUGCAAUGGAAGCAGUCGUUCGGAAACGUUUCACAGAAAACCCGCUGCUCAAUGAUCUUCCCUGAAUCCAUCUUGAUUGGAAAUGAGAGAGGAGGUUGCUUUGUCACGUCCACUUCAAUUAAUACUCUAGCGAAGUUGUGGUUUGCCUUUUCAAUGGUUAUCCUAUCCGUGGUGAGUGGAACUCCAACCUUAGAAGCAACUUCGCUAAUAGUAUCCUCAUUCCACAACCACACAUGGAGCUUAGGAAAUUUUAUCCAAAUCGGCACCUUCAAAAACUCAUCAUCUUCAAAGGAAAAAUCGUCUGACAGAACCUUCAAAACCAGUAGCUUCCCAAAAAAGGAUAUACGGCCCAUCAAGCAUAACCUUAGUCCUAUCAGCUUCGCACUUGAAUUUAAAAACAACCCAGCCCUUGUCAUGUGGUUUGACCUCACAGUGUAGUCCCCAUUUUUCUGUAAGGCCAUAGAUUGCCUUUAAACCAGGAAACCUUCCCGUGAAAACGCUCAGUUUGUGGAAUAUACCUCAAUUGUCUUUAAACAGUGCACUCCAUUGUUUCUUCUUUGGCAUACUUGUCAUGGAAGUUCUGGGUGUAUCAUUUGUCCCUCUCGUUUCAGAGAGCUGGAAUCAUUGGAAAGACUAUCAUCAUACUCUGAUUCAACAUCCUAGUUGAGCUUGGGAAGCAAACUCACAGCCAUGGAAAAUCAAAGUGACCAGAAAAUUAAAAUAAAAAUAGCUGGCGGUGCGCCUGGCUGAGGCGACCCCCAAACUGUAAUUAUUUUUGAACUCCCGUUGCCGGAGCAGCCUGAAAACCUCCCUGCAAAACGUUGACUUUCGAACUAUGAACAGUACUUCGAACUAUGAAAUCCGCACUACAACAGUUCAAAUCUAUACGAAUAGCUUCUUCUGGUGAUGGCGAACCUCAUACCAUGUCCCAAAUCCAAAAACAAUCGUCAGAUUUUUUGCAAUGAGUCAAAACAGUUCUGCAAAUGAACAGCGUUCUGUCGGAAAUUCAGCUCGUUUCUUGCUAAAAUUGGUCUUCAAAUCCCAAAAUAAAAACAGAUCCAAGCACGACUAAGCAUUUAGGAGUGAUUCCUACCUUUGGUCGACCAAAAACAAGUCAAAAAAUCGAAGAACAGUUCAAACCAUGGCCGAGAAACUGGAGUCGUAAAACUGCCAUGAACUGUGAUUUACGAACUUCAGUGAGAGAGGCUCUCAACUUCCAAUUUGGUUAUGAAUUGGUUUGGACGUGUAAUCUAAAUUGCAUUUUUUAGUAUUAGAAUCUACAUAUAAUUGAAUUUACAACUAGUUAAUCUUCUAUCAGUAUAACAAUUUACGAUUGUCAUUUCUUAAUUUUCUUUUACCUUUUGCAGUAUUAAAAUCUUAUUUUGAGUCACACUAGCAGUACAGUCCAAUUUAAACUAUUUCAUCUUUAAAUUCAGUAGUGAUAUGAUAACGUAUUUGCUUUACCAGGUAAUGAAGGGAGGAAAGAUCACACAAGUAGGCAAGUACAAUGAGAUUGCAAAAUCAGGUAGCGAUUUUAUGAAUCUUGUGGGUGCACACAGAACUGCAUUAUCAAAAUUUGAAGGCAUAAUUGAGGAUUGCAAUGACUUAAGACGGAAUGUGGAGAAAGAUGUGAACAAAAUCGAAAGCACCAGAGAGGAUGAAAACAAAAUAUCUGGGCAGGAAGGGCAGCUUGUUCAAGAAGAAGAGAGGGAGAAAGGCAGAGUUGGUUUCCCGGUUUACUGGAAGUACUUAACAUUGGCAUAUAGAGGAUGGCUAGUUCCUUUGAUAUUAUUGGCAGAGAUUCUAUUCCAGCUGUUGCAAAUUGGGAGCAACUACUGGAUGACAUGGGCUACAGCCGUGUCUGAUGACGUGACACCUCCUGUUAAGCGCUCCGUUCUCAUCUCCGUAUAUGUCGCAUUGGCUGUUGGGAGUUCUUCCUGGAAUCUUGCUCGGGCCUUACUUCAUGUCACUGCUGCAUACAAAACAGCACAAAUACUUUUCUAUAAGAUGCAUUCUGCCAUUUUUUGUGCUCCCAUGUCAUUUUUUGAUUCCACUCCUAGCGGCCGGAUUCUCAAUCGAGCCUCUACAGAUCAAAGCAUAGUGGACUGGAGCCUUGCAUCUGAUGUUGGGGCAGUUGCAUUCUCAGUUGUACAAAUUUUGGGAGUUGUCGCAGUGAUGUCACAAGUUUCCUGGCGAGUCCUUAUUUUUUUUAUAGCCAUACUCUUAAGUGACAUCUGGUUGCAGAGAUGUUAUAUAGGUUCUGCAAGAGAGUUAUCCCGAUUAUCUAGUGUUCGAAAAGCUCCUUUGGUACAACACUUUGCUGAGACAAUUUCGGGGGCAACAACGAUUAGAAGUUUUGGUCAGGAGGCAAGAUUCAUGGACACGAGUAUGGAUCUAAUUGAUUCUUACUCUAGACCGUUGUUCUACUACAAAGCUGCUUCAGGGUGGUUAGACGUUCGCUUGGAUGCACUCUCCCUUGUUUUGUUCACUUCUUUAUUGGUUUUCUUGAUUUGUAUUCCUGAGGGCACAAUUGACCCAAGUAUUGCGGGUUUAGCGGUGACAUAUGGACUUAAUCUAAGCAUGCUACAAAGUUUGCUAGUAUGGUAUGCUUGCCAGAUGGAGAACAAAAUGAUCUCAGUUGAAAGAAUGCUUCAAUAUACUUGUAUUCCAAGUGAGCCCCCUCAACUCAUAGAAUCUAACAGGCCUGACCCUCACUGGCCAACACAAGGAGAGAUCAAUAUUUGCAACCUCCAGGUUCGAUAUGCUCCACACAUGCCCUUUGUAUUACGAGGUGUCACCUGCACUAUGUUUGGAGGAAAGAAAACAGGAAUAGUUGGGAGGACAGGCAGUGGAAAGUCUACACUUAUACAAACUCUCUUUCGCAUUAUCGAGCCGACUACUGGUCAAAUAUUUAUAGACGGGGUCGAUAUAUGUUCAAUUGGACUGCAUGAUUUGCGAUCGAAACUAAGCAUAAUCCCACAGGAUCCAACUAUGUUCAUGGGUACAGUACGGGGUAAUUUGGAUCCGCUUGGAGAGUAUACUGAUGAACAAAUUUGGGAGGCUAUUGACAAGUGUCAUCUAGGUGAUGAAGUUAGAAAGAGAGAAUGCAAACUAGACUCUGCAGUUGUUGAAAAUGGAGAGAAUUGGAGUGUGGGUCAAAGACAGCUAAUGUGUCUGGGGCGUGUGCUUCUGAACAAAAGGAAAGUUCUAGUGCUUGAUGAGGCUACAGCUUCAGUCGAUACGAUCAGCGAUAAUUUGAUUCAACAAACUAUACAACAACAUUUCUCAGGCUCUACGGUGAUCACAAUCGCACACAGGAUAACAUCUGUUGUACAGAGCGAUAUGGUUCUCCUGCUAGAUCAUGGUCUCGUAUUGGAAUACGAUUCUCCGAAAAGAUUGUUACAAGAAAAGUCAUCUUUAUUUGCGAAACUUGUUUCUGAGUACACAAGGAGAUGAAGCUCUAGGUAGGAGGGUGAAGCAAGCAAGUGGAGCUCAUAAAUUGUACCCUUUGCUUCUAAUUAUAGCUUUCAGGUCUGAACAUUUUUAAUGGCAUGAUGAUCAUAAAUGGGAUACAACUUUGAAUACUCCAGCAUUUAGUUAGGAAUUAGUUGAUCUGGUGAAAACUACCAUAGACAGGCUAUUCUUGUGAAUUUGGUGAUUACUUAUUUUAGAUUUUUAGUAUACUUAUUAUGCAACUGAAGAUGCUAAACAAAAUAAAUUUAGUCUGCAGAUCAAUUACUAAAUCAA